AUGGGGACAUGUCUUGUAUUCAAGCUUCCUCAUGUGCUCAAGCCGAUUCCGGGUUUCAGCUUACGCUCAAUGGCAAGAGUAAGGUUCAUGUUAGUGAAGAUGGGGCGGAACUUGAAGUUGGUAAAGGAGUUGAUGCGCCUUCCCAAUAAGGUUCUUAUCUUGAUUCAUCUUCACUCCAUGAGUAUUAUCGUUUGGAAUAGCAGGGGCGUUUUGAACCCCAAUUUUCAAAAGCAUGUUGGGGAGUUAACCCGAAUUCAUGAUCCAGCUGUGUUUGUGGUGACGGAGACUCGUUUUGAUGGUGAGAGAGCAAAGGGAAUCACCGAUAGGUUACCUUUUGAUGGAGCAAUCCACAUGGAGACUAUUGGAUACUCGGGUGGGUUAUGGGUUCUGUGGAAUUCAGAUAAGGUGGAAGUUACUCAGAUGGCCAACACCAAUUCUAGGCUUGAAGAAAGAACCAUUUUAUGGAAUAAUUUGGCUACUGUAGCUGAGUCUCAUAAUUUACCUUGGGUUAUUGCUAGGGAUUUUAAUGAGCCCCUUAAUUUUAAUGAUAAAUUUGGUGGUAGAGAGAUUAGUAUUACCAGGUCUUUACUGUUUAAGGAAUGCUUGGAUAAAUGCAAUAUGAUUGAUCUUGGGUUUUUGGGGCCAAGGUUCACGUGGACUAACCUCAGAGAAGUGGAUGCUCUAAUCCAAGAGAGAAUUGAUCGAGUGUUUGUUAAUCCGGAGUGGUUUAGCCUUUUCCCUGAAGCAAAAAUCACCCAUUUGACCUGGUGCCACUCUGAUCAUUGCCCUGUGCUGCUGGAAACACAACCCAGGUCCUCCACCUUCCUUAAAAGGCCUUUUAAAUUCCAAAGCUUUUGGGUGUCUGAUCCAUCCUUUCCCAAUGUGGUUACAAAUGCUUGGAGAAAUUUAGCCUUGCUUCCAAUGGCCAUUGAGAGCUUUGCUAAAGGGGCAGCAACUUGGAAUCGGUCUCAUUUUGGAAAUAUUUUUGUGAAAAAGAAGAAGCUAAUGUCAAGACUUAAUGGCAUACAACAAGCUUUAGCUUCCAGGCCUUCAAUUUUCUUAGUUGAGUUAGAAAAGAAAUUGCUUCUCGACCUGGACCUUGCCCUUGUCUAG